GCGAAGCACAGCAGUGAAACACCCACGCAAAACCCCAAACCCCCUCCUCCUCUUCCCGUCUCCCCUUAGAUUGCCCGCUCGCGGCCGAGACGCCAGCCCCAUUCCGCGGCGUGGAGCACCGAAUUCCCGAUCUCAAAACCCCCCAUCGCGCAUCGCCCACACGAGGAAGUAGAAGCAGCCGAGGAGGAGGAAGGGGGCAGGUAAGGCCGUGGAGGAGGCGGAGGGGCCAGUGCUGCGUGUCCGAUCGUUGCCAACGGGGGUGGAGAAUAGGAGGAGUGGGGCGACGAACGGGGACGAUCACCCUCUCCCAUGGCUGUCUCCGAGGAAAAGGCGCAGGGAUGCCGCAGCGGCGCGGCCGCCGGCAAGGCCGCCUCUCCCGUGAAGCCCAACAGCGGCGCUGUGAUGGAGGAGAUCACGGAUUCCCCGUCCACCACCGCUAAGGCCUCGUCCAAAGGUAUAUACGGAAUCCCAAUCAUGACGAGGGCCCAGAGAAGCCACCCUUUAGACCCAUUAUCUGCUGCUGAAAUUGCUGUGGCUGUAGCAACUGUUAGAGCUGCUGGAAGAACUCCUGAAGUACGAGACAGCAUGCGUUUUGUUGAAGUUGUGCUCCUGGAGCCAGAAAAGAAUGUUGUGGCAUUAGCUGAUGCAUACUUCUUUCCACCAUUCCAACCAUCUCUUCUUCCCAGAACCAAAGGUGGUCCUGUGAUCCCAAGCAGGCUCCCACCUAGGAGGGCCAGACUUGUUGUCUACAAUAAGCAAACAAAUGAGACUAGCAUUUGGGUUGUUGAACUGUCUGAAGUGCAUGCUGCUACUAGGGGCGGACACCACAGAGGCAAGGUUAUAUCAUCAGAAGUUGUUCCAGAUGUUCAGCCUGCAAUGGACGCGAUGGAAUAUGCUGAAUGUGAAGCUACAGUAAAAGAUUUCCCCCCUUUUAUUGAAGCCAUGAAGAAAAGAGGCAUUGAUGACAUGGAGCUUGUCAUGGUAGAUGCAUGGUGUGCAGGCUAUUAUAGUGAUGCUGAUGCUCCCAACCGAAGACUUGGCAAGCCUCUAAUCUUUUGUAGAACUGAAAGUGAUAACCCUAUGGAGAAUGGAUAUGCUCGUCCUGUUGAAGGGAUCCAUGUUAUUGUUGAUAUGCAGAAUAAUGUUGUAAUAGAGUUCGAAGAUAGGAAGUUUGUCCCUCUUCCUCCACCAGAUCAUUUGAGAAACUAUACUACUGGGGAGACACGAGGUGGUGUCGAUAGAAGCGAUGUGAAGCCUCUUAUUAUCAGUCAACCUGAAGGCCCAAGUUUCCGUAUUACUGGCUCUUUUGUGGAGUGGCAGAAGUGGAAUUUCCGUGUUGGCUUUACACCCAAGGAAGGUUUAGUUAUUCAUUCUGUUGCAUAUGUUGAUGGAAACCGUGGACGUCGUCCAAUCGCUCACAGGCUGAGUUUUGUUGAAAUGGUUGUUCCUUAUGGAGAUCCGAACGAACCACAUUACAGGAAGAAUGCAUUUGAUGCUGGAGAAGAUGGGCUUGGAAAAAAUGCACACUCUCUUAAGAAGGGAUGUGAUUGCUUGGGAUACAUAAAAUACUUUGAUGCGCAUUUUACGAAUUUUACUGGUGGUGUGGAGACAAUUGAAAAUUGUGUUUGUUUACAUGAGGAGGACCAUGGAAUCCUCUGGAAACAUCAAGAUUGGAGAACAGGAUUGGCUGAAGUUAGACGAUCACGCAGGCUUACUGUCUCAUUUAUAUGCACAAUUGCUAACUACGAAUAUGGAUUCUAUUGGCACUUUUAUCAAGAUGGUAAAAUAGAAUCUGAAGUAAAGCUUACCGGAAUUCUAAGCUUGGGAGCUCUAAUGCCUGGGGAACAAAGGAAAUAUGGCACAACUAUUGCUCCUAGUUUGUAUGCACCAGUUCAUCAACAUUUCUUUGUUGCCCGUAUGGACAUGGCAGUGGACUGCAAACCAAACGAAGCUUAUAAUCAGGUGGUUGAGGUAAAUGUUAAAGUUGAAAGUUCAGGCCCAAAUAAUGUGCAUAACAAUGGCUUCUACGCUGAAGAAGAGCUUCUGCAAUCUGAGUUACAGGCCAUGCGUGAUUGUGACCCUUCCUCUGCACGACAUUGGAUUGUAAGGAACACAAGGACUGUAAAUCGUACUGGGCAGCCAACAGGUUACAAGCUCAUACCUGGUUCAAAUUGUCUGCCAUUCUGCCUGCCAGAGGCAAAGUUCCUGAGAAGAGCUGGAUUUUUAAAGCAUAAUCUUUGGGUUACAUCAUACAAAAGUGAUGAGAUAUUCCCUGGAGGAGAAUUUCCUAAUCAGAACCCGCGCAUCCAUGAGGGUCUAGCUACAUGGGUCAAGAAGGAUAGAUCCUUGGAAGAAACCAACAUAGUUCUCUGGUAUGUUUUCGGGAUCACCCAUAUCCCAAGGCUCGAAGACUGGCCUGUCAUGCCAGUGGAACGCAGCGGCUUCAUGCUCAUGCCUCAUGGAUUCUUCAACUGUUCGCCUGCUGUCGAUGUUCCUCCUGCAUCCGAUGUGGACGCCAAGGAAGCUGAGACGCCAAAGGACAUCCAAACCGAGCUCAUUUCAAAGCUGUGAGCCCCGGAACCGGAGAAUCAUGUGGUUACUCCUUUGCAUUGACAUGCUGUGUACGCCCUUCUGAUACGCUGCAGCUGCCUCUUGUCGUGAGCUGAAUUCAAUGUCUGCGAUUGCUUCGUUCUUCUGCCACUUAAGUUGCCAAGUUGGAUUCGAAUUUUGUGUCCGGGAAUGGACAUGAAUUGGGGUACUUGUUCAGCGUCAGCGUUGUUUAUGUCUCAUCAAAAUGUCCAACCACUUGGUCACUUGCCAGAUUGGCCAGCCUUUGGCUGGCCACGUCCUCAACUGCCCAGUCGACAAGCCGUCUGGCUAAAUGUCUGCAUACCUGUAUUUGGUUCCGUUUGCUUUAUUCUCAUUGCUUGCUGUAUCCCCCACACGGCCACGAGCUACCGUUGGUCCCUUAUUAUGCGAAUGGAUGCCCCAUGUACCACCUACGAUUUUAGGCACACUGCACCUAGCACAAGCUCGUGGACCUUUACGCGUUUAGAUUUAUGCCCAUUUGCACGUCAUUGAACAUAUAAACCCUCCUAGGCAACCCGCCAUUCUGGAGGCCUUGCGCGCGCUGAGCUUCGUCGUCCGUUCAAUCUUUUACUGUUCAUCGAUUUUGUCUGCUGGCGUUUGGUCAACCGUUGGUCCUUCUGUACAUCAGCAGCAGCUUCAUAGUGCCUGCUCUCAUGAAGAUGAAUGUGUCAUGUUCGUCAAUGCCGGUGGGUAUAUCUGAAAAAACUGCAAAGGAAGCAGAAGACAAUGUGCUCCCGAGAGAGAUGCACAAUAUUCAAUACUCUUAUGUCCCGCACAAUGCACCGCACAAGGUCCCUGCUCCCUUCCCUGCUGCAGUGAGGAGACGAGAGAGGAGAUUGCUGGAUCUGGAAAUGGAGGUCAGCACCACCUACAGGACAAGAGCGCCGCUCCUCUCCGACUCUUCAAGUCUCUCAUGCUCUGCUCUUUGCUCUGGCUGAAUUAGAAGGUUAGGUGUGACAAAAAAACUGAAACUUUAUCUCCUAAUAUCCCUCCAUUUUUGCAAAAUCAAAUUUGUGUCAGCUAUGUGACCAAUGAUCAUACACUUGUUUCGAAUAAUCAUACGCUUAUCAAUUUCCACGGACAGGUUAAUGGUGUAUACCUGCUUCUGAGCUGCCAUGCAGAGACUCUGUUAUCUCUUGAAUUUAUCCACUGCCAACUUUAUCCUGCAGUCAUGGAUAAAGUUUGCAUUAGUCUUUGCCAGCCAGGUUCCCAAAACUACAAGUUCUAGUCCUUUUAUUCUGCCUUGGUCCUAAUGUUAAUUUUUCUGCCAUAUGUUAAAUUUUUUGUCAUAUGUAGGCCAACAGAUAACUUGUGUAUGUUCAUCUAGCUGCAAAAGAAACUUAUGACUUGUGUCGUCAGUAAAAAAAAUAGUAGAUAGUUGAAAGGACCAGGCACUGCCAUUUGCUUGCUGUGUUAUACUCUCAAUGAAUCUUAAUUAUUUCUGAUAUGUUUCAGUUAUUUUAUUUCAACAAAUGACAAGACUAAUCUGUCAUUCACAAUGUUUUUGCAGCUAGCAUUAAAAGCUGAUGUGUUUUAUAACAGAGUGACAAAUAUGACUAUUUGGGGAAACCAUUCAACAACUCAGGUUCCUAAUUUCUUGAAUGCCAAAAUUAAUGGGAGGCCAGUAAAAGAAGUCAUCAAAGAUACAAAGUGGCUAGAAGAGGAUUUUCCGAUAACUGUUCAAAAGGUACAUGGAGAAGGUGGUGGUGCCGCCGAGGCUGUUGCUCCCGGUGUUAGAGAGGGCGUCGCUGACCGAUGCCGCCGGCUUGCCCGAGGUGGCCUGCACGUCUUCAUGACCAGCCAUCUCCCCAGGUGAAUCCCUUCCCUUUAGGAAAAUCUAUCUAGCUAAUUUGUUUGUUAGGAUUGCAGAACGUGAAUCUUCCUUAGUCAUCACCAAAUUGACAUGCUCUGACUAACUGAAAAACAACAAAGUAUUGAAUGGUGCUACUCGAAUGGAGUAUGAAAUGGUUUAGUAAUCACUUGUAUGCAAAAAGAGGUGCACAAUUUGAUGUUGUGAGAAUUGAACUGGAACGGAAUUUUCAUGCCUAUGUUUUUUUCCAUGUCGACCUAUCUCCAGUCGUAUGCAGAUCCACAGUGGAUCAAGCGGAAUUGGCACAUUUGCUAUACAGAUUGCAAAGCGCCUUGGAAUCAAGAUUUUUGUCACUGCAGGUUUAUUGGUUCAGAUAGAUACAGUAUAUAUGGUACAAAGUUGUUUUCCGGAAGCAACUCUGUUAUGCCGCUCUAGAAAGCCAAAGAGAAACUAACCGCUUGCGACGUUUAAGGUGUGGAUAUAUGCAGAAACUACAAAACCUUUGUAGCACGUAUCGAAGAAGAAACUAAUGGAAAUGGUAUUAUCCUGCCAUCCUCUUGUGACGCUUGAUGCCCUGAUGCAAAAGUAAAAUAAAAUUAUUUGGCUUUACCAAGUUAUACCCGUCAAUUUCAUAUACAUUAUAACUGUAAUAUGUGGAAUAUCUCUACAAGACCUUGAUGUCAUUCUGGACAACGUAGGCAGAUCUUACCUCCAAGGCACUCUGGAUAGCUUAGCAGUUGAUGGUAGACUUUUCAUCGUUGGUUUCAUGUGAGGCGCUGUAAUUGAAGUGAACCUGCAGGCGAUGCUUGCCCGAAGACCGCCUGUACAAGCAUCUCGCACAAUGUAUUCAGAGAGAUGCUGCCACUGGUGAUACAUCUGUGCGAAGCCAGAUCCAGAAUGAGUCGACAGAGUUGGGAAUAGCGAUACAACAUCUGGGGGCUAUGCUUUUGAGCUUGGACGGACAAUGAUGACGCUUAGAAUGGGGCCAUCUCCUGUAUGCAUUUUUCUACUAUGUCACUAUCACACAAGUGAUUCACAAGGUUUAAGUAUUCUUAUAGCUUUUUUAUUUUGUAGGCUAAUGUUUUUGUAAAUGCUGGGCAUGCUGCUUAUACAAACCCCACUGGACCAAGUCCAAUCAUGGUUCAGGCUACCUGUAUAGCUUUGCUUUCCUAUCAUGAACUGCUGACAACUUUGUUUUGGGCUAUCAUGCUAGCAUGCACUGUAACAUAUAUCACUAUGUAUUAACAUGCUACCUAAGUAUCUAUUUCUUUAUACAUUAAGGAUCUUAUUAUCAGUCCUUAAACAAAUUUUACGUGCAUGAUUUGAAUGCUUGGUUUGCUGUCGCCCUUUGCACCAUCGGCGCAACGGGUGGUUAGCUGCUUUUUUAUGUGUGAGAAUGUUAGGAAUGUUUCUAUAUGUGCCCAGAUUUAUUUGGUGUGCCUGCUAUGUUUCACUUUCACUGCUCUUUGUUGAAUAAAUUGAGAAAUUCUUGAUUCUUUUUAUGUUAUUUCUUUACAUGAAGGAUCCAGAUUAAAAUCUAAUGUGUUAUUCUUGCUGGCUUAGUUUAAACAAAUGCAUUUUAGAUCACCUACUUCUCAGUUCAUGAUUUUUGAUUCGGUGUGUUGCAGCUGAUUACCGGAACACACUCACCCAAAGUGUCGAUCUACAUCCAUACAUAAUUUACUAAAAGAAAUUUUUUUUAGUUGUUUCUGCAUAGGCCUCUUGGUAUUUACUAGGUCACCUUCGAGAUUCGUUAACUAACAUACAUAUCCUAUCUACGCUUUUCACAUCCAUAUAAUGAUGCCAUGUUUUUCCUUUUGAGUAGACGAUUCUUUAUUUAUUAACCUAUACAUCAAUAUGUUGUUUCCAUUGAUCUCAUAGUACUUUUUUGUGUGUUUCUUUAUCUUGGGCUGAAAACUUAUUGUCGGUUCAAGCUAUUUUUAAGUCAUGUAUACUAUGGAAGUUGUGUAAAAGAACGUUUACUGAAAUGUUAUGUAAAACCUAUGGCUCAAAGCUAAGCUUCGGUAAAUUGGAAUAUUUAUAGAUAUAUUUGGGAGUUUCAUUAGAUUAAUCUGGAAUUUCAAACUAAUCCAUUUAAUUAUUUGAGAGCACCAGCAACACAAUUUUUGAAAAAAAAACAUGCCCACCAAACGAAGGGCAUGGCUAUGUUGUCCAUUUAUGCAAAUCUCUAGGAAGGAGAAACCCUCAAGAACUGCUAGGAAGGAGAAAGCCCUCCACGUCUCCGAGCCUGACUAUGCCUCCCUCGCGGCGAGGAUUGCUGUGUCCAACCUGCCGCCAAGUGGCUAGCCGCCAAGUGGAAAUAGUCUGUGUGGCGCUCGUAAAUAGAGAGCAUUCUGGUAGAAAGGUACAGGAAAGAAUAGGGAAACUUCUGUCAUUUUCUUUGGUCUCUGAAAAAUAAAUGGUGAUAUGGGCUGAUACAUUGCUAAAUUACAUGAUACAAACUCACUUCUCUUUUUUGAUUUUUGGUUUACUUCGUUGUGCUACAAUGGCUCUCCUAGGAAUGUCCUUCCAUGCUUUGAUGUGCACAAUCCAGAAAGUGCAUGCAUCCAGAAAAACCAAAUAGGAUUUUUUAUGUGUUAUCUUCUCAUAAAUCUUGUGCUCGUCCAAUAAGAAUAAGGUUUGGUGGUAUUGCUUUUGUCUGUCACCCGGUAGAUUUUAGACUUCAAGCUAGCUGCAGUUAUUUCAGGUUAUAUGUGCAAAUCCUUGGUGUGACAUGAUUGGUAACUGACCAUGAAUAUGUUGCAAUCUGAUAUGUCUAAUUCUUGAUUUAUGUGGGACCAUGGUCUAAAAAUUGGUCCUAAAGAUACAUGAUGUUUUUGUACAAAGUUGAGACAGUUAUUUUUGAACGGAGGGAGUAUUAGAUUAUUUUGUUCCUUUUUAAUUUGGUUCUAAAGAUAUAGUUUCUGAGUGAUCAUUUUACAUCAGCCAAGCUUGCCGUUGUUACAAAUAAUUGUUCUGUUGUUCUCAAUUCACUUUCUCGGUUUUUUAAUGCUACAAGCGUUAUUGUUCCAGUUUUUUUUAGUUAUUGAUCAUGCCAUUUUUCUUUCUGCCUUUGUAGCUGAAGGAUUAGUGAGACUGACUAAAUUCUGAACAUGUUCCAUGUGAGAGAAAUAACAUGUUGAUUUCAUCUUGAAAUAAUCAUAGCCGAGGGACGAGGUUCGUAACUGAGGGUCAUGUGAAGAGCUGGAGGAAGAAGUUGCGAGGCUUGGAACUCUCCUUGUGAAGGGCUCAGGGACAGCAGUGAGGACUAUGCCUCUUUAGUUGUAAUUGUGAUACUCCUGAUGUGCAAGUAAACACUCCUGUGAUACUCCUUAUGCUACAAUGUUGGUUGUUAGUACAGAGGUGGUGACAUUAUUUGGUUCUUUGGUAUUGAUUUCAUGAUUUGUGGUUAAUACAUGACGUAAUACAAUCCACAUUGCAUUA